AAAAAAGUCGAGCAGUAGUAGCAAAGCGGAUUCAAAACGCCGGAAAUGCUAGCCUUAAAGCAAGUAAACGGAUUUUACGAGCUAUUGCGGAGAUUGAUUGUGAGAUGACUGAGACAGACUUGCGCUGCUGCGCACAAAGAACAAGAAUGAUAUGCGAGUACAACAGAAUGCGUCAUGUUUUGCCAUCCAUUUGGGUACACAAUAGAGCAACGGAGUGGUGGGAAACCGUGGUUCCAACUUUCACCGAAGCCCAGUGGAUAAAGAAUUUCCGGAUGUCUAAGGACACAUUUCUGUACCUCUGCCGUCGAUUGCAACCAGAACUGGGGAGACGUGACACAGACUACCGCUAUUGUGUACCCAUUCAAAAAAGAAUUGCCAUUGCACUGUGGAAACUUGCGAGCAACUCAGAGUACAGGAGCAUCUCUCAUUUAUUUGGAGUCAGCAUUACUACGGUGUGUCACUGUGUACACGAUUUCUGCUCCUCUGUUGAGAAGGUACUCAUGGCAGAAGUUAUUCAGUGCCCAAACAGUGAAAAGUUAAAGGAAAUGGCGACAUAUUUUGAGCGCAGAUGGGGGUUGCCACAGUGUGUCGGUGCAAUUGAUGGAUCACACAUCCCCAUUCUUGGACCAGAGGAAUACCACACAGAGUAUUUCAGCCGCAAGGGCUGGAAUUUGAUCAUCCUGCAGGCUGUUGUGGAUGGAAGGGGUCUCUUUUGGAAUGUUUUUAUCGGAGCGGCAGGGAGCCUGCAUGAUGCCAGAGUGCUGCACUUGUCAGGGUUGUGGGGUCUAGUGGAUAUGGGUUUGCUACUCCCUGAUGAAACAAAGAACAUUUGUGGACAUGAUGUGGGGUACUAUGUCCUUGGUGACGCAGCCUAUCCUUUGAAAAGCUGGCUGAUGAAACCUUUCACAGACAAUGGACGACUGACACCCCAGCAACUUGUAUACAACCACAAAACAAGCAGAGCCAGGGUGGUGGUUGAGAACCGCUUUCGGCAGACUGAAGUGCAGAUGGAGGUGCUUGCUAAAAUGAAAUGACUGCAACAUACACAAGGUCAAAUCCAUGGUGAUAGCAUGUUGUGUUCUGCAUAACCUCUGUGAAAUGAAUGGUGAUGAGUACAGAGAAGAAUGGGGUGCCACUGCAUUAAACCAGCCUGACGGGGCUCUGCCAUCCACUGUACAGGCCGAGGGGCUAGACGCACGUACAGGUAUAAUUAAGUUUCUGAACACAUUGUACUAAAGUGUCAGAUUACCGGUUACAGAGCUGA